AUGAACAGGAGGCACACCACGCUGCGGGAGAAGGGCCGGCGGCAGGCCGUGCGCGGGCCGGCCUACAUGUUUAGCGAGCGCGCCACCAGCCUGACGGCCGAGGAGGAGCGCUUCCUGGACGCCGCGGAGUACGGCAACAUCCCCGUGGUGCGCAAGAUGCUCGAGGAGUCCAAGACGCUCAACGUCAACUGCGUGGACUACAUGGGCCAGAAUGCACUGCAGCUGGCCGUGGGCAACGAGCACCUGGAGGUGACCGAGCUGCUGCUGAAGAGGGAGGGGCUGGCGCGAGUCGGGGACGCCCUCCUGCUGGCCAUCAGCAAGGGCUACGUGCGCAUCGUGGAGGCCAUCUUGGCUCACCCGGCCUUCGAGGGCGGCCUGCGGCUCACGCUGAGCCCGCUGGAGCAGGAGCCGGCGCUGCGCGACGACGAGGACUUCUACGCGUACGACGAGGACGGCACGCGCUUCUCGCAGGACGUGACGCCGGUCAUCCUGGCGGCGCACUGCCAGGAGUACGAGAUCGUGCACACGCUGCUGCUCAAGGGCGCGCGCAUCGAGAAGCCGCACGACUACUUCUGCAAGUGCGGCGAGUGCGCCGACCGGCAGCGCCGCGACUCCUUCAGCCACUCGCGCUCGCGCAUGAACGCCUACAAGGGCCUGGCCAGCGCCGCCUACCUGUCCCUGUCCAGCGAGGACCCCGUGCUCACCGCCCUGGAGCUCAGCAACGAGCUCGCGCAACUGGCCAACAUCGAAACUGAGUUCAAGAAUGACUACAGGAAGCUGUCCAUGCAGUGUAAGGACUUUGUGGUCGGCGUGCUGGACCUCUGCAGAGACACUGAAGAAGUGGAGGCCAUUCUGAACGGAGACGUGGACCAGAAUCCGUCCAGCGAGCACAACCGGCCCUGCCUGAGCCGAGUCAAGCUCGCCAUCAAGUACGAGGUCAAAAAGUUUGUGGCUCAUCCUAACUGCCAGCAGCAGCUCCUGACGCUGUGGUAUGAGAACCUGCAGGGCCUCAGACAGCAGUCCAUCGGGGUCAAGUGCUGGACAGUCCUGGGUGUGACCGUGGGGCUUCCCUUCCUUGCUGUUUCGUAUUGGAUCAUGCCAUGCAGCAAGCUUGGCCAGAUCCUUCGUAGCCCGUUCAUGAAGUUUGUAGCCCACGCAGUGUCCUUCACCAUUUUUCUCGGUCUGCUUGUGGUCAAUGCAUCAGACCGAUUCGAGGGAGUCACAAACCUUCCCAACGAGACCAUUACUGACCACCCUCGGCAAGUCUUCCGUGUGAAAACGACACAGUUCACCUGGACAGAGAUGCUUAUCAUGAAAUGGGUCCUUGGAAUGAUCUGGUCAGAGUGCAAGGAGAUUUGGAGUGAUGGGCCACGAGAGUAUGCCAUGCACCUUUGGAACAUUCUGGACUUUGGCAUGCUGUCCAUCUUUGUGGCAUCCUUCACAGCGAGGCUCAUUGUUUUCCUAAGGGCUUCCAAGGCACAGCUGUAUGUGGACCAACAUGUGCUGGACACAGACCUAAGCAAUGCCUCUCUGCCAGAGGAAGUGGCCUACUUUACCUUUGCCAGGAUCAAAUGGGUUCCUUCGGACCCUCAGCUCAUAUCUGAAGGUCUCUACUCCAUUGCUGUGGUUUUAAGUUUCUCAAGAAUAGCCUACAUUCUACCUGCAAAUGAGAGCUUCGGGCCACUGCAGAUCUCCUUGGGCCGCACAGUGAAGGACAUAUUUAAGUUCAUGGUCAUAUUCAUCAUGGUCUUCCUGGCCUUCAUGAUCGGCAUGUUCAAUCUGUACUCACACUACCUAGGAGCCAAGUACAACCCUGCUUUCACCACGGUGGAGGAAAGUUUCAAAACCCUUUUCUGGUCCAUCUUUGGCUUGUCUGAAGUCAUCUCUGUGGUUCUGAAGUAUGACCACAAAUUUAUUGAGAAUAUCGGCUAUAUCCUCUUCGGUGUCUAUAACGUCACUAUGGUUGUGGUUCUGCUCAACAUGUUGAUAGCCAUGAUCAACCACUCAUACCAAGAAAUUGAGGAGGAUGCAGAUGUGGAAUGGAAGUUUGCUCGUGCCAAGCUGUGGCUCUCGUACUUUGAUGACGGACGCACAUUGCCACCACCAUUUAACCUGGUGCCAAGUCCAAAGUCGUUCUAUUACUUGGCUUUGCGUACCAGGGCUUGUCUUGUAAGACUUUGCAAGUCCAAGGCAUUCCACCAUGAAAAUCAGCUCGAAAUGGACAAGGUCAACUCUCACUCAAAGAAAUUUGAUCGAUUCAGAGCUCACGAUCGGGCACAAGAUGAGUUCACGGUGCGAAACCCUAUCAAACACCCAACACGCUAUCAGAAAUUGAUGAAACGGCUCAUUAAGCGAUAUGUCCUGAAGGCACAAGUCGACAGUGAAAACGACGAAGUCAACGAAGGUGAGCUGAAGGAGAUUAAGCAGGACAUCUCCAGUCUACGCUAUGAGCUGCUGGAGGAAAAGUCACAGGCCACAGGAGAACUGGCUGACCUGAUACAGCAGCUCAGCGACAAAUUCAGCAAAACCAACACACCAUGA